GCUGUGAAGCAUGUUAUAGAACCAUACGACGAGUGGAUGAAGGGGAAAGGAUAAAGUGCCAUUGAUAGCUAGGAUAGCAACAUGGGAAAUACAACCACCAAAUUCCGCAAAGCUCUUAUAAAUGGAGAUGAGAACCUGGCCUGCCAAAUCUAUGAGAGCAACCCUCAACUAAAAGAAACUCUUGACCCAAAUACUUCUUACGGAGAAACGUACCAGCACAAUACUCCACUCCAUUAUGCUGCUAGGCAUGGAAUGAACCGUAUACUGGGAACUUUCCUUUUUGUUAGAGAUGGUAACCCAAAUAAACGGAAUGUGCACAAUGAGACAUCUAUGCACUUACUGUGUAUGGGACCUCAGAUCAUGAUCUCGGAAGGAGCUCUUCAUCCUCGCCUGACACGACCCUCAGAAGAUGACUGCAGAAGAGCAGAUUGUCUGCAAAUGAUCCUGAAGUGGAAGGGAGCAAAGCUGGAUGAAGGACAAUAUGAACGAGCAGCCAUUGAUGCUGUUGAUAACAAAAAAAAUACACCUUUGCACUAUGCUGCUGCCUCAGGGAUGAAAACCUGUGUCGAGCUUCUAGUAAAACAUGGUGGAGAUUUGUUUGCAGAAAAUGAAAAUAAAGAUACCCCAUGUGACUGUGCAGAGAAACAACACCACAAAGAGCUGGCUCUGAACCUGGAAUCUCGAAUGGUAUUUUCACGUGAUCCUGAAGCUGAAAGCAUUGAAGCUGAAUAUGCUGCUUUAGACAAAAAAGAGCCAUAUGAGGGGCUAAGACUUCAGGACCUGCGAAGGCUUAAGGAUAUGCUGAUCGUGGAAUCUGCUGACAUGCUCCAAGCCCCGCUCUUUACUGCAGAAGCUCUACUUCGGGCACAUGACUGGGACAGGGAGAAGUUACUUGAAGCAUGGAUGUCUAAUCCGGAGAACUGCUGCCAGCGUUCAGGGGUUCAGAUGCCAACUCCCCCUCCAAGUGGAUACAACGCGUGGGAUACCCUCCCUUCCCCACGAACUCCACGCACUACUCGCUCUUCGGUAACUUCCCCUGAUGAAAUCAGCCCUUCACCAGGAGACAUUGAGACAACUGUGUGUGACAUUUGUAUGUGUAAUAUUUCUGUGUUUGAAGACCCAGUGGAUAUGCCUUGUGGACAUGACUUCUGCAGAGCAUGCUGGGAGGCAUUUUUGAAUCUGAAAAUUCAGGAGGGUGAAGCUCACAACAUUUUUUGCCCAGCAUAUGAUUGUUUCCAGCUUGUGCCUGUAGACAUCAUAGAAAGUGUGGUUUCCAAGGAGAUGGACAAAAGAUACCUCCAAUUUGACAUUAAGGCCUUUGUUGAAAAUAAUCCUGCUAUUAAAUGGUGUCCUAUACCGGGCUGUGAAAGAGCAGUAAGGCUAACAAGACAAGGAUCAAAUUCAACAGGAUCAGAUACACUUAGCUUCCCUAUGCUAAAAGCCCCUGCUGUAGACUGUGGAAAAGGACAUCUUUUCUGCUGGGAGUGUCUUGGUGAAGCACAUGAACCUUGUGACUGCCAAACCUGGAAGGACUGGCUACAGAAAAUAUCUGAAAUGAAACCAGAAGAAC